AUGAGUUCACAAAACACUCAAACUUCAUCCACUUCAAACGUGUGUAUUGAUGCGCGAAUAGCUAAUGAAAUAAGCAAGAGAGUAGGUGCUUUCUUAGCCAGCGAAGCUGGAUUUACUAGCAUAAGCCCGCGAGCCCACGAAGCUUUAGCUGAUGCCAUAGAAACAUGUGCUCCUAUCAUAUACCAUUAUCAUGCCAUAGAUUUUGAUAACCUAAUAAUAACUUCCCAUUCCUUUGCCGAGCUGGCUUGUCGAACACAACCAAAUCUUAAAGACAUCGAAAAGGCCCUUGAGAAAUUAGGAGUUCGGACAAGUGGGCUGGAGGCUUUUCUCGGAAGGUGUCAAACAGAAAAAUAUAGGCGAUUAGGCUCUGCCCUGCGGACGUCUUUUCGUCCGGCAUCGCCAUUGUUAAAGCCCAUACCAGAGAUGCUAGCCUCUGAUGAGGAGGACGAGCUGGAGGCAACCAUGGCUAUUGAGGAUAAGCGAAGAGAUCGAAUUGGGAAGAGUGGUGAGCUGAAGGUGAAAGAGAAAUCAGAUUCUUUGUCCCGUCCAGCUUACGUUCCGACUCAUCUUCCUCCCUUUCCAAGUAAACACUCGUACAAGAGAACACCGAUUUUUGCCAAACGAUCAGGUGAAGAUCCGCGUCAACUCAAAAUGGAGCAGGUCCGUUUGAUAGAGAAUAGUUUACAAAAACUAAUAGCGGCUGAAGAUCAGGUUUACUUUCCUUCUGCGGGUUCGGAUUCAUCGCCAUCAUCUUCUACAGUUGUCUCUUCAACGUCAUCAGAUUAUGGUAAUAUGCCCUCACAAAUACCUAUAAUUAACUAUGAGACAUUUACAUUAAGGAAUUUGGCGAAAAAGAGUAUGCAAGAUGGAUCCAUAGAUAGAAAGCCGUGGGAGAACGUGGAAAUAGGAGUGAAGAGGAAGAGAGCGGGUAUUGGUAACAUUGAUGAAGAGCAGCUGAGUACCAAAAAAAGUUUGAGAGGAGGAGGAUAG